AUGAGCCACUUGUUGCGAGCUCCUCUUCAGGCCCCCCCGUGUGGUGAAGUGCCGUCUGUAGAAUUGAGUGUAGUGAAAGUGUUGGACUCUGAUGAGCCACUUGUCACGAGCUCUUCUGCAGGCGCCCCCUGUGUGCAAGUGUUGGACUCUAGUGAGCCACUUGUGCCCAUGACUGCGCUAUCGAAAUCAAUAGUAGGUAGUUCCCGCGCCACUGUUCCCAGUACCGUGUCGGUACUGCCGCCUGCGUCUCCAACGUCGUCUGAGAGCAGCGUGGCUGAUGCGGAACCUCAAGCUCCUGGUUCGUCUGGCCGAAGAGUCCACUACUAUGCCGAGGAAAUAAGGUGCCACUGA